AUGUUGUCUCAUAUUUUCAAGUCGUUCGUGGUCGCGCUGGCGGUCGGCGCGACCACCGCGUCGGCGCAGAACUCUGCCAAUUCGCUCGUCAGCCGCAGGCUCACUGAGUAUCUGAUGCCAGUCGCUACUGAGACACAUGAGUUUGCGCGUGUGCCGAACACCAAUUUCGUGCUGCUGACGCAGAUGUCCGACAGCGAGCUCAUCAAGAUCGAGCUGGAUGCAACCACCGAGGAGCCCAUUGCUUUCCAAUCGUUCCCUAUGGGAAACAACAGUAGUUCCCAACUACACGGCGUCUGGCCAUCGACGGUGUACCCGGGCAAGAUGUGGUUGUCGCUGCAGGCCGAAAACAAGCUGCUGCUCGUGGAUCCUGGCCAAAACCUCACUACUGAGCCGACCAUCAUCAAGACUAUCGACAUCCCAGCGCCAGGAAACGGCCCUCAUUGCGUCUUCGAGAUCGGCAACCGCGUCUGGGCCGGCCUCAAGGUGGCUUCCAAGCAAACGGGCCAGUUCUACGUCUUCUCCGCCGAUAUCUCGAACUCCACCGACCAAAAGUUAUACCAGUGCCUCAACAGCCCCGUGUUUAUCAAGGAGGAGCCGACCACCGGCUUGAUCUACGUCACCCAAGACACGGACUCGUCCAUCAUGCGCAUCAACGUCACCACCGGCGAGACGACACAGCUUCCCAUCCCUCCCAGCGUCGGCAACAACGCCGUCGGAAUGAUCAGUGCCUACGGCCCCAUGAGUGGAGUGUGGUUCACUCUCGCCGGCAAUGCCACCGGCGGCACCGGCACCUUUGGCCACAUCGGAUCCACCGGCGAGAUGGAGUUCUUCCAGCUCAAGCACCCGAUGCUCGGCUCCAACGCUGGCUUGUUGCACAUCGCCGAUGCCUCAAGCGUAGCCGGCGGCCCAGCCUUGUGGCUCCUGUCGACCUCGCUGCUCAGCACCAACUCGCCCGAUGCCCUGAUUCGCGUGACUUUUGAUGCUGGCGUCACCGCCGUCUCCGGCGAGGAGUACAUCUCGAUGCUCACCCAGAACGCUAUGGUGCACCGCGUCUUGCCCUUGGAUAAGACUGUUUUGGUUUCUGAGCUGCACACCUUUACACUCGCCCAGCUCACGUACAACAACACCAUUGCUGGACAGUGGCUGCCAGCCGAGUCUGUUAGCAACGCGACUUAUACCCAGGCCGGUUAG